GAACCCCGAUUUCAAAGGAUCUUCCACAAACCAAAGUCAGAUGUAAAACUUGCCUAUCCGCUUUGGGAACCAAACGAAAGAUGCGGGGUUUACGAUAUCUGCUUCUUCUGAUGUCCAUCAAUUUUGCUGCUUCAGUUCAGGGGAAAUCUUUAGGGAGUCUGGAAGACACGAUGUUCAUUCGGGGAGAAGAGCAAAACCUUGAGGGAGAAGAUGACUUCAAGUUGGAGAGCUUUCUGGGCUUCAGGAAGGAAGACUUUCUGAGGAAGCUGAAUUUAUCAGGCGUGCCGCACGAACACAGAAAGGUUCAACCUCCUCAGUUCAUGAUGGAUCUCUAUAAUAAAUACGCAUCUGAUAAGACUUCCAUCCCUCGGUCGGAUGUCAUCCGAAGCUUCAUCAUACAGGAUGUUAUUUAUUCCAUCCGACACGGCAACAAAACUCGACACAGGCUCCUAUAUAACGUUUCAAUCCCGAAUCACGAACAGAUCACAUCAGUCCAGCUACGGCUGUUCACUCUCUGGGAAAGAAGUAAACGCACCUGCGUUGACCAAUUCACAUCCAUUCAUGUUUAUGGCGUAGAAUACAAGCAGGAUACAAACAUUUUACAUCUUCUGGAUGGGAGAGACGUCACUGAGGCCAGAAACACGUGGGAGGCUUUCGACGUGACCAGCGCCGUCAGGAUUUGGCAGGAUUCUGGACGCGGGGCGGGUGAACUCCAGGUGGAAAUCCAACAGAGCUGUCAAUCUCUUGACAUAAGCACGGCUUUAGAGGACAACGGCUCGGCGGUCAUAAUAGUUUUUUCGGAUGAUCUCGGGAACAGAAAGGGAGAGUCGAUGAGUGAGGUCAAAGAGAUGCUUCUUCACGAGAAGGAGCGGAUAUUUGUGGAAAAUCACGUUCCUGUGGACAAGCACCUCAGGAGAAAGAGGAAAGCAAAGAACAAUUACUGUCGGAGAACUUCGCUGAAGGUGAACUUCAAAGACAUCGGGUGGGAUAAAUGGAUCGUGGCUCCGUCUGAAUAUGACGCUUAUGAGUGCAAAGGGGUGUGUUAUUUCCCCCUGACGGAUGACGUAAGCCCCUCCAAACACGCCAUCAUCCAAACUCUGGUUAACCUGAGCAAUCCCAAAAAGGCAAACAUGGCAUGUUGCGUCCCAACCAAGCUGGACCCAAUCGCCGUCAUGUACCAAGAAAGGGGUGUCAUCACGGUCCGACACCUGUACGAGGAGAUGAAAGUAGCAAAGUGUGGAUGUAGGUAGUGUUCGGCUGCUCGCCCAUUCGUUUUGGGCUCCCCAAAGGACAUUUCAAUAACCUUAAGAACCUGUUAAAGGUUCUUCAUGGAACCAUAAAUGCCAAUAAAGAACUGUAGCAUAAUUAAAAAGUACUUUUAAUAUAAAAGAGCUUCUUGAGUUUAAAGUCAGCUUCCAUUAUAAAGUCGAUGUCACUUAUAUUUGCAAAAGGAAAAAAAGUAUUGAGCAAAAAAAUAAAGAAUUGAUGAAGAAAAAUGAAAUAUUGAGAGAGAAAGAAUACGUUUUGCUAACAAAAAUAAAGAUACAAUUAAUUGCAAAAAUCAAUAACAGCUGUAAUCAAUUCCCCUGUAGUCGAUUAUUUUAUCCCUUAAAACUCAAAAUGACGUAUUUAAUAGUUUUUUUCCGUGAAACACAUUUAUUCAUGUCUAAAAAUAGCUUGAAUGUAAUUCGACACCCUCGCCUCAUUUAGUAUACGUGGUUC